CGAGAGGGUCCUGAUGCUGUUCACCCGGAAACCAGCACGGAUGAACCGAUGUUUGUUUUGCUACGGCUAACAGUAUGCCUGCUGAACGCAAGCGCUCAGUAAACAUGGAUGAGAAAGAUGUUUGCACCUUCAGCAACAAGGAAAAGGAGAAGGACAGGGAGGCUGAGAGGAGGCCGGCAUCUGCUCGGGACAAGGCCAAAGACGAGGCCAAAAUGAGCGGCAAAAAAGACGGCGGCAAGGAGGAGAAGAGGAAGCGGCUGGAGGAAGAAAAGAAAAAGAAGGAGGAGAAGGAGCGGAAGAAGAAAGAGGAGGAAAAACUGAAGGCAGAGGAGGAGCAGAAGAAGAAGGAAGAGGAGGAGAAAAGGCAGCAGGAGGAGCAGGAGAGGAAGCUUAAAGAGGAGGAAGCCAAAAGACAACGUGAGGAGGAGGCUGCCCUCCUCAAGGAGAAGGAGGAGGGGCAUCAGCUGUACCAGGAGGCAUGGGAGCGCCAUCAGUGUAGGAAGGAACUGCGCAGCAAGAACCAGAAUGCCCAGGAGGGUCGUCCUGAAGAGGCCUUCUUUAGCCGCCUGGACUCGAGCCUUAAAAAGAACACCGCCUUCGUGAAGAAGCUGCGCACGCUGACCGAGCAGCAGCGAGACUCACUCUCCAACGACUUUGCCUCACUCAACCUCAGCAAGUACAUCGGUGAGGCCGUGAGCUCCGUUGUGGAAGCAAAGCUGAAGAUCUCAGAUGUCGGCUGCGCGGUCCAUCUGUGCUCGCUCUUCCACCAGAGGUACGCCGAGUUUGCCCCAUUGCUCUUGCAGGCCUGGAAGAAGCACUUUGAAGCCAGGAAGGAGGAAAAGGCGCCCAACGUAAGCAAGCUGCGCACAGACCUCCGCUUCAUCGCCGAGCUCACCAUCGUCGGUCUCUUCACGGACAAAGAGGGUCUCUCGCUCAUUUACGAGCAGCUGAAAAACAUAAUUGGGGCUGACCGCGAGACGCACACCCACGUUUCUGUGGUGAUCAGCUUCUGUAAGCACUGCGGGGAUGACAUUGCUGGGCUGGUGCCCCGCAAGGUGAAACUGGCGGCCGAGAAGUUUGGCUUGGCUUUCCCUCCCAGCGAGAUCAUCAGCAGCGAGAAGCAGCAGCCCUUCCAGAAUCUUCUGCGGGAAUACUUCACAUCUCUCACCAAACACCUGAAGAAGGACCACCGGGAGCUGCAGAACAUUGAGAGACAGAACAGGCGGAUCCUGCAUUCCAAAGGAGAGUUGAGCGAGGACCGACACAAGCAGUACGAGGAAUUUGCCACUUCCUACCAGAAGCUGCUGGCCAACACUCAGUCUCUGGCUGAUCUGCUGGACGAAAACAUGCCCGAGCUGCCUCAGGACAAGACUGUGCAGGAGGAGCACGGCCCCGGGAUCGACAUCUUCACCCCCGGGAAGCCUGGAGAGUACGACCUGGAGGGAGGGAUAUGGGAAGACGAAGACGCUCGUAACUUCUAUGAGAACUUGGUGGACCUGAAGGCAUUUGUGCCCGCCAUCCUCUUUAAGGACAACGAGAAGAGCAGUCAGGGCAAAGAGAAGGAGGAUGCCAAAGAUGGCAGAGAGGGGAAGGAUGUGGGCAGCACAACAGAGGAGCUGGAGUUGGAGCUCGAGGCUCUGGACAUCACAGAUGAACCUCUUGAACUAGAGGGACCAGAUGAGGUGGAAAAUGAAGAGCUGGCCAAAAAACUGCUCGAUGAACAAGAACAAGAGGACGAGGAAGCUAACACGGGGUCUCACCUGAAGCUAAUCGUGGAUGCUUUCAUCCAGCAGCUUCCCAACUGUGUCAACAGAGACCUCAUAGACAAGGCUGCCAUGGACUUCUGCAUGAACAUGAACACCAAGUCUAACAGGAGGAAGCUCGUCCGUGCUCUCUUCACUGUCCCCAGACAGAGGUUGGAUCUCCUGCCCUUCUACUCUCGUCUGGUGGCGACGCUGCAUCCAUGCAUGUCAGAUGUGGCGGAGGACCUGUGCUCCAUGCUGAAGGGAGACUUCAGGUUUCAUAUUCGGAAGAAGGAUCAGAUCAACAUCGAGACCAAGAAUAAAACCGUCAGAUUUAUCGGCGAGUUGGCCAAGUUCAAGAUGUUCUCGAAGACAGACACACUUCAGUGUCUCAAGAUGCUGCUGUCUGAUUUUACGCACCAUCACAUAGAGAUGGCCUGCACACUGCUGGAGACCUGCGGCCGCUUCCUCUUCAGAUCCCCCGACUCUCACCUGCGCACCAGCGUCCUGCUGGAACAAAUGAUGCGCAAAAAGCAGGCCCAGCACCUUGAUGCCCGCUAUGUGACCAUGGUGGAGAACGCCUACUACUACUGCAACCCGCCACCCAUGGAGAAGACGGUGAAGAAGAAGAGGCCGCCGCUGCAGGAGUACAUCUGCAAACUGCUCUACAAGGACCUGUCCAAGGUCACCACAGAGAAGGUGUUGAGGCAGAUGCGCAAGCUGCCAUGGCAGGACCCCGAGGUGAAGAGCUACCUGAUCUGCUGCAUGGUCAACAUCUGGAACGUGAAGUACAACAGCAUCCACUGUGUGGCCAACCUGCUGGCUGGCCUGGUGGCCUACCAGGAGGACGUGGGGAUCCACGUGGUGGACGGUGUCCUGGAGGACAUCCGGCUCGGCAUGGAGGUCAACCAGCCCAAGUUCAACCAGCGGCGGAUCAGCAGCGCCAAGUUCCUGGGCGAGCUCUACAACUACCGCAUGGUGGAGUCGGCUGUCAUUUUCCGCACCCUCUUCUCCUUCAUCUCCUUCGGCGUGAAUCAGGACGGCAGUCCCAGCCCUCUGGACCCCCCAGAGCAUUUGUUCCGCAUCCGCCUGGUCUGCACCCUGCUUGAUACCUGCGGCCAAUACUUCGAUCGAGGCUCCAGCAAGAGGAAGCUAGACUGUUUCCUCAUCUACUUCCAGCGGUACAUAUGGUGGAAAAAGAGCCUGGACGUGUGGACCAAGGACCACCCGUUCCCCAUCGAUAUCGACUACAUGAUCAGCGACACGCUGGAGCUGCUCAGGCCUAAGAUGAGGCUCAGCAGUUCCCUGGAGGAGGCCAUCAAGCAAGUCACCGACUUGGAGAGAGAAGUGCUCGUCAAACUAGGUCUGGCCAUGGAGAAGGACGGCCGCUCCAGUGCCAUGAGCGAAGGGGAGGGUCUUGACGAGGAAGAUGAUGACGGGGACGAUGAUGAAGAGGGAGGCGCCGAGACCGAAGAGCAGUCGGGCAAUGAAAGCGAAAUGAACGAACAGGAAGAGGAUGAAGGGUCAGAGAAUGAAGAGGAGGAGAGGGAGGAAGAGGAAGAAGAGAACACGGACUACCUGACCGACUCCAACAAGGAGAACGAGACUGACGAGGAGAACAAUGAGGUCACCAUCCGUGGCGGCGGGCUGAAGCACGUGGCAUGCGCUGAGGACGAGGACUUCAUUCAGGCUCUGGACAAGAUGAUGCUGGAAAACCUGCAGCAGCGUAGCGGCGAGGCGGUGAAGGUGCACCAGCUGGAUGUCGCCAUUCCUCUGCAGCUGAAGAGUCAGCUGAAGAAGGGACAGCCAUGCAUCAGCGAGGGAGACUCGGACAUCUCCGAUACCAUGCAGUUUGUCAUGCUGACUCGCAAAGGCAAUAAGCAGCAGUAUAAGAUCCUGAACGUGCCGCUCUCCUCCCACCUGGCGGCGAAUCACUUCAACCAGCAGCAGGCCGAGCAGGAGGAGCGCAUGAGAAUGAAGAAGCUCACUCUGGACAUCAACGAGCGGCAGGAGCAGGAGGACUACCAGGAGAUGAUGCAGUCUUUGGCCCAGCGUCCGGCUCCAGCCAACACCAACCGGGAGCGCCGUCCCCGCUACCAGCACCCGAAAGGCGCUCCCAACGCCGACCUCAUCUUCAAGACCGGAGGAAGGAGACGCUGAUGGGAGUCUGGGCCCAGGCUGAGCGAGCGAGGCAGAGAGAGAAUGAACCAGCAAAAGAGAGAGAGAGAGCGCGCAAGAGGAAAACGAGAAGAUCGGAAGGGAAACCGGUCGAAAACAAGGGAACGAGUUCUCCAGACACCCCCUGAAGCUGGGGACAGACCAAACCCCUGACAUGAACACACACAGGAAAAGGAGAAGAAAAACUGACAGGGGGAGGGAAUUGGGUCAGAGGUCAGGGGGUCAGACAGGUGGCUCUCUUUCUUUUUUGUCUGUUACCUGAGAUGACAAAAAAAACACAACUGUCUGAACCAGAGAACGAAUUAGAAACAGCUGACCUGCAGACUGAUGGCGAGACAGGCGGGGAGAGGCGAGAUGUGCGGCUCACCUGCUGCCAUCACUGCACCAGGCAGAGGAAAAAGUGACUCGUCUUUAGGAGUUGAAAUCUGCGAGUGCACAACUUUUACACGAGACUAGCAAAGGAUUUUUUUGUUUGUUAGUUUGAUUGAUUGAUUUUUGACUCCAUGAACAACUCGGUCCAAUUCUGUGCGAAGCAGCAAAAGACGAAUGAGUUGGGUUUUGUAAACUGACCAGUGAUGCAGAGAAAGACGUGUUAAUCGAACAGCGACCGAUGGUGUGCAACGAGCUGAUUUAUAGCUUUGUGUCGCUUCUUAGUUUUACUUAAAUAAAAAUGAAACCGUGGAUAUGUCUCACAGGUAUUUUUUGAUCAUCAGUUAAAUUUUUAAAAGAAGUAUGUCACAGUUAUUUUCUAGAGUUCAUUACAGUUCAUUUCUAAUCAUCACAUAAUUGUUAUUGAUUAGGUACUUACUCUCCUAUACACUCUACAGAUUAUAGCAAGACCUUUAAAGGCGACCUAUUAGUCUCAUUUCCUGCUUCAUGGAAUUAUUUUUGGAUCCUCUCAGAGUAGCUUUGCAUGAUUCACAGUUAAGCCAGCUGUCUUCUGAUUGGCUGCCCCUCCUAAGCCAGUGGGUGGAGCCUGUGCUUUUGGCUCAAAACUUGUAGAAACACUGACCUCAUUAGUAGAAUUUUUUUGUCUUGUUUAAUGUGAACACCAGACAUUGGGACCGGAGAUUUAAGAUGGAGAAUAAGAAGAUGUUACAAAGGUCUCUAUUCCUAAACGAAAUACCUUAACACAACUGUCUUCAUUUUUUUUUUUCAAAAAUGUGCUAUUUAUUGACAGUGUGGACAGUUAACAGAGGAUACCAUUGUAUCCACUGCUUGCUUCAGUGAGCAGUUAUUCAGUGAGUAUAUCACAGAAAGUGUCCAUCUGAAGAAUGACCACAUUUUGAAUUCAUGAUGUUAAAUUAUUUUCUUCCAGAUGUUAACCAAUCAGAAGAAAGUGGGUUUUUAGGGAUGCGGGAAUCUUUUAAAAAUCUGUCUCAGCCUAGGUUGGUGAAACUAACAAAAAGUGAAGAUUAAUGCUCAGAAAUGGGCACAGACAAUUUAAAGUUAUAUUUAUGUAGAGGCAGACACCCGUGUCCUCUUCGUUUUUGGUCUUAAUGCUCAGCUUACUCAUGCCCCCCCCUGCAGACGUGACAGCGGUGUCAGGUCAGUGCUUUUGCUGCUCUGCUGAGAAAUCUCCAGCUCUCGCACCGUCGGACACUUUUUGAUCUCUGCUGCGUUCAGACUUGUCAGGAUUGAGUGACCUGCUCAGUGGUGGACACCUGAGUGUACAUAUUCAGCAGUUCUUCCACUUCUACCCAGUUCGAUGAUGAUUUUUUUUUAAGUUUGCUAACAUCCAGCUUGCUUUGAUUUGUGACUUGUGUAACGUGACAAAAGUUUUUCCUGGAUAACCGUGUGCCUGAGAGUCUUCCUUAGUGAUGACGUGACUAUAAUAGAUAAAUAUAACUUGUUAAGCCUCUAGAUAUAUAAAUACAUCCUCUGUAUGCUGCUACAUGAACCUUUUCUGCAGCAGCUCUGUGUCUUUGCUAUAGUAAAGAUUACCCAUAACUCAAGUUUGUCCCUGUCCAAGCUGAUAUUCUUUUACAGCAAGGAAAACGCAAGAAACAGCCGCCUGCUAAAGCUUUGUCUCAGCUCAUGACAAAUAAAAUUUACCACAAUAAAAGCACAAAGUCGUCUCUCUGAAUGAGGUCAGUCGUGUGUUUGAGGCAUGCGAGGGUGCGCCUGUUUGUUGAGGUCUAAUUACAAGGCAGCGAGAGUGGGUAUUUCCUCUUUUCCCGCCCACGCCCUCCUCUAAACAUUACAUAUAUGGAGCGCUGGUAACCAUGGCCGGAUUAACCGGUUAAAGGGCCAUGGGGUAAUCCACCAACCUAUACCUCUGGGGGUCAGGUGAGUUUGGAGGCCAGGUCAACACCUUUGGUGCUUUCUUUGAGUAUAAUAGGAGACCACAGCCAGCUAUUCCAGGAUACGCUCUGAACAGGUCACCACUCUGUAACUCUGAUACGAGUCAAACAUGUGACAUGCGGUGGUCCACAUUUUUCCACUUAGCUGUCAGUGAUUUGUAUUUGUCUCAGGUUUAU